AUGAAAGCUGACCUCAUAAUCACAUUGCAGUUUCUCAACCAUCCACAAAAGAAUGGUUUACUACUAAAAGCGAGUGUUGACUGUGACGACUGUAGGCCUUAGUGUAGACACAGUAAUCCCCGACGCGUGGCCAAAUUGAAUUGCUUUUUGACAACUUCUAUUAUAACAAGUAAAAUAUUGAGAUGGUAUAUCCAAUUUACUUGAACAGGAAUUUAGUCUGGCCUCAAAUGUCAUCGGACUAAUAUAAGGAGUAAAUACGGAAGUCGCAAGUCAUGAUUCCUCCAAACCCGUUAUGGAUCAUCCUGUUUUCUCUGUUCAUUGGCAUAGUAGCACUCAUUAUGCAACGAUAUUGAUUUAAUCGCCCCUCGUCCUCCGACGAAAAGCAUCAGCACAGUGUAUCUUCGACGAAGUCUCCUCUCAAUCGCCAGUAUUUUGUUGUGCGUUACAAGGCAACGAUUGUUAGGGUAAUUAUACCGAACGAGACUGACCCCAGUGAUGCAUGACUGAACGUUUCAAGGCAGAAAAACGCCAGUCGACAGAGCACACAGGCAGCGUUAGCAUUGGUAGCGGCAGACCGGUGGCAGUGUGGAAUUUACCUGCCAGUUUUUCUUUCAUUACCGUUUGGACUUCGCCCGCACGUUUCUUUCAGAAUCACAUCACUGCCCUAUGUUUCCUCACCCAUCAUUUUGCCGAGAAAACAACAAACUACAGUUAACUGAAGCAUUUUUCAAGCAGACGGUGAAUGACUUUUGGCGGAGGAUAUUUGAGAGAGAUCUCGAGAAACCUGUCCAGGCUUCACCAUGCUGCUACUCCAAAUUAGUGCUUUUCACCGAAUGGUGUUCGUGCAUGCGCUAUGUUUGGUGCUGUUGAAUUAUCCGUAUUGUGUGAGAGGGGAAUUCAACUUUACCAUGGGAGACAGCGAGGAGGUGGCAGUGACAUUUAGGGAGACCGUCGAAGUAAACCUUACGGUUACAUACUCGGAUUUACUGGGGGCAAUAAGCCUUCAGAGCACCGACACCAGCGUGGUGACGCUUACAAACACUGUGGAGAUCACCAUUACAGAAAACACGACUUUCCCCUUCAACACGACGGUUGGAAUCCAUGGGCAGUAUGUCGGUCGAGGUGGGGUCAGAAUCAUGCAAGACGCCAAGGAAAUCUCCACCAGAAUUGUAAAUGUCGGGCCUCCGUUUCAGGAGCUAGGAAACAUUGCGACUAUCAUCCUGGUCGUGUGGCUUGUCAUAUCGUAUGUAGUUAUGGCAGCUAAGGUUGAGCCCCGUGAACUUUGGGAACGCAUCAAACCUCCUUGGGGCAUCAUCAUCGGUAUGCUCUGUCAGUUCAUCCUCAUGCCACCUGUAGCUUUCACCUUGGCUAAGUGCUUCGAUAUGUCAGGAGCCUCAGCUGUCGGUCUGGUUCUGGUUGGUACCUGCCCAGGUGGGUUCUUCAGCAACAUCGAGGUCUUGCUCCUAGACGGUGAUCUAGUCCUCAGCCUAGCGAUGACCACCUUCUCGACCUUCUUAGCGGUGGGGAUGAUGCCGCUGAAUCUCUUGAUCUACGCCCAGCCGUUCAUCGAUGGGGACGGCCGGUUAGAGACGCCUUUCAGGGAACUUCUGAUCCAGCUCUGCGGACUUGUCUUACCCCUGGUUAUCGGAGUGCCCUUUUUCUACAAGUUUCCCAAAGCCAGGAAGUUUUGCUUGAAGCUCGUCAAACCCUUCACCUUUCUGCUGAUGGUGUUAGGCGUAGUUCUCUACAUCCCGGCUCAGUACUAUGUCUUUUUCGGCGAUUGGAAGGUCUGGGUGACCUCCUCUAUCGUGACUCUCAUCGGUGCUUUCUUGGGGAUGGCCGUAGCACGGAUCGUCAACUUCAACUACCACACUUCAAUCACGAUAGCCAUCGAGACGGGCUGUCAGAACACUCUCCUAGCCGUCUCGGUGGCUAAACUCUUCUAUGUAGCUCCCGAGUCAGAUGUGGUGGCUGUUAUACCCCUACUCAUCGCCAUCGUGUCUGGAAUAGAGGGGUUCGUCAUUGUGUUCUUCUAUUACCUUUACCUUUUCCUGACCAAGAAGCCCACCAAAGUUGCCCCGGAUGAAGAGGGACAACCACCGGCUUCAGAGGACGGACAAGCCGGGGAUGACGACAAGGAGUCCCGGGAGUACGAACUCAACUCGUCGACCAAGGACAAAAAGAAAUUCGCCGAUGACUUUGUGACUGCUGAGGAGGAUUUCAAAUCACAACCGCUUGCCGAGGCGAGGACACAAGACGAGAGAGCAUCUCCUCAAAUUCCAAAAAAACCCAAGCAGGGUAAACGAAACAGGGGAUAUUUGGUGGACGAGAUUCUAAAGGACUAGUUAAGAAUAAUACACUAGUUUUCACUUGGUGCAAAUAUUUUACAUGAUAUCUUGUUUAACUAUAUAAACGUGUAUACUAUUUCAAAGUUUAUAUCUCUGAUUUGCUGCAAGCCUGUUAUAUGGUCAUCCACUGACCAAAUAAUACCGAUAGGCAAUACAAUAAAACGUUCUCGUGUAUUCGUUUUGGUCAUUAGAAGCUGUAAACCAAGAAAAGCGGUCGAAGCAAUUGACAGCAUAAAAAGGCCAAGCAUUCACUGAGUACAAUUUAUAAAUAUAAUUUGGUUUCUGUCGUUAGCGUUUAAACCAAUUACGCAAUGUGAACAUUCAGCAAUUAACAAUCACUAGCCAUACCCUUACGACCCACUCUGUGUUUUCUUGUACGUGAACAUUCAUUCUGUACAAGAAAAUUAAUAUAGGGGCCUACAUGUAGAAGUACAUUCAUUGUUGCGUGGCUGACCUUACAGCUGAACUCUUGCAACAGAAAUUUGAAUCAACAACGCAUAUGGGAUUCAAUUCUAACAGCAUUAUGUCGGAAUUACGAGGUAUCCCAACGGCAUUCUAUGCACAUUGAAGAGUGCUGGUAAAUUCAUUUACUUUAAGCUGAUUUAUUUAUUACAAAUGUACAUUGUAUUCCAGAAGAGCUAGUGCGCGGGUGUACAUUUUGGCUGACUCGUUAUGUGACGUUUUAUAGAAAGCAAUAACAUUUAAGUGUGACAGAAAUAUGUGAGUGGUUGAUGUAUUUUGUUAAUAAACGACGUAGACAUGGUUUGUACAAAUCAUUAGACCUGCAAUAUUGAUUAAGUAUAAAUUCCGACAAUACCAAUUGAUAAAUUUUACGUCUAGCUGCAACAGACAACCUUAAAGUGUACAGCAAAUAUGCUGGCAGUGAUGUCUGCUUUGAUGACUUCUGGUGAAACAAGCUCCAAGUCACAUCAUACAUUGGGAGCACUUGUGUUCAUAAGGUCAUGUUGAAAUGACUUUCAGAUCACGUGAGGUCUCCUUCUAUUGCCCUGUUUCUCUUCCCGGUUUCUACCCGGGGGGAACGUCUCACCAUAAUUGAAAAUGAUACCGUCCCUCGAGUACCCACGUGUUUUCCUUCAUCGGGGAGGCUGUAACUUUAUCAUUUUAUUUAAACAAAUCACAGAUCUGUCGCCGAACAGUCGAUUUCG